AUGAGUACUUGCCAGCACGAGUACGCAGUGGUGGCACUGGGCCUAGAGGGCGCUGCGUUGGUGGCGAUUGUGGCCGUCUUUGGCGUGCACAUUGUGUACAAUUACGGACGGAUUCGGACGACGUUCACUACCAUCUCCAGCUAUGCGGCUGAUCCUCGGAGCUUUGGCAACCGACUGCUCUUUGCGCUCACUUUUGCUGUCUCGUCGGGCCUGAGCCUGCUGCUGAUGCUUGAGCGGUGGAACGGGUCGGACUUGUCGGACUUUUCGUGGUGGGCCCAGCUGCUGAUUAUCUGGUGCCUCCCGCUGGUGGGCAUCUUCUACACCGACGGCGCGGGAACGGUGACUACGUACUACGUGGGCUUUGGCCCUGGCUGCCUCACCAUCCCCAUCGGCGUCUCCACGCUCAUCCAUUCCGUCGCCGCCAUGUUGUUCUUCCUUGGCAUUCCGUCGUACCUCAACUUUUGCGCGCCGCCGCACCCAGACGCGCCGUCCGAUGCCGAGGCUGCGCCAGCUGGCGCUGCGCCCGACUCUGACUCGACCACCAGCUCAGUUUCGCGGUCCUGUUCCGGAUCCGAGACGAGCUUGGGCUCAGGCUCGUCGAGUUCGGGCUCGAGCUACUCGUCACAGGCAGAGUACCACGAGGGCCGCGCAGGGAAUGUAGGCAUGGCGACCGCGGCGCGUCUGCCGCCGCUUGCCGAGAAACAGUCGGCGACGACGAUGAAGCAUGUUCUCUACGUCGCCUCGUUCAUGUCCGAGAUCGCGGUCGGGCUCCUGGUCACAGUGGUAGCCGCCGGGCUCUCGAUCCACCGCAACCGUAGCCUCCGGCCGUGCUUCUCGUAA